UAACCCUUACACCUUUUAAUUUUAGUUUUAUUUUUAAUAUCAACUGUUUAUGACUUACAAAUUUUUCAUCGAAUGUUUACACAUUAAGAAAAACCUAUAAAAAAUUUCAUCAAAUGUGUGCCACACAUAACACAUUAAUAAUAUCAACUGUUUAUGACUAACAAAUCCGGCCUUAAAUUGGUAAAACCUUUGACCAAAAAACGGUAAAAUCUCCAAAAAAGGAGUCCACAUGGCAAUAUCCUUCUUACACGUUGAUAAAUGAGUGAUAGCAUCAGAAGCUUUAGCAACUCUCUACUCAUUUCUCUCUGUUCUUCUUCUUCAAUGGACGAGACCAAAUCGAAGAUAGACGAAAAAUGUAGACGUCGCACUAAAGCCACACCCAUUUGCCGCGAAACUGGGGAUCACGUCCAUUCCCCUCCCACGCGCAUAACCAAAUCCACGCGCCCUCCUCACGCGCCACCGCCAAACCUCGAAUCGAUCUUCCGGCUCUCUCCCGAGCCACGCUACGGCGAAUGCAGGAAGAAUCAGGCAGCCAGCGCCGGCACCACCGCCUACGACGGCUGCGGCGAGUUCGUCAGCGCCAAUCCCGGAGAAGAUUCUUUCGAUUGCGCCGCAUGCGGCUGCCACCGCAGCUUCCACCGGAAGGAAUCUAUCUCCGACGGUAUCCUCGAAGUUCUCAAGAUUUCGCCGUCGCAGUUUCGCCAGAUCUUCUGCUCUCCUUACGGCGAGGCCGAAGAGAAGAAGAGGAUCGCGGUGGAUCGAUCCCGCGAGGAGGAGGAGGCGGCGAGAGCGAAGAGGUUGAAGACGAAGUUCACGGCGGAGCAGACGGAGAAGAUGAGGAGUUACGCGGAGAAGGUGGGGUGGAAGGUUAGCUCCGAGGGUAGAGAGAGAGUCAGAGAGUUUUGCGACGGGAUCGGAGUGACGAGGAAGAAUCUGAGAGUUUGGAUGAACAAUCACAAGGAAGCUAACGGCCGAGUGGAUGAGGAGGAGGAGGAGGGGAGGGUGAAGAGGUUGAAGACGAAGUUCACGGCGGAGCAGACGGAGAGAAUGAGGAGUUACGCGGAGAAGCUGAGGUGGAAAGUGGGCCCUGAGGAUAGGGAGGAGACUGAAGUGUUUUGCAAUGAGAUUGGAGUUAAUCGGAAUAAUUUUAUGACCUGGAUGAAUAAUCACAAGGAGGAAAGAGACUGAUGAUGACAAUUAAACUUUGUAUUUCGUUUCAAUGAAGUUUUUAGUGUAAUAAUGUAUGAAAAAUAAAAUAACAUAAAAAGAAGCAUGUAUAAAUAAAUAAAACAGCUUUCAUCA